UGUCAGCUCCGUAAAAAAUUGAAAAUUUUUAUAACUAAAAUAUAAUUAAUUCUCCAUAACUUAAAGUCAGCUUUUUAUAAUUUUUUUAUAACAUAUAAAUAAUAUUUUUUAAUCUCAACUAAUAUUUGAAGUCCCAAAAAAAAUUAUUUAUAUUUAGAAACCCUAAACAUCGAUUGAGUAAAUUAAUUCAUUAUUUUAAAAAGAACAUUAGUUUUCGGAACAAGGAAACGAACAUAAGCUUUGAUCCCAACGUCAAUGUAUAUGCAUGGUUAUAUAUCAACGUAGGGAAAAAAACUAAUGUCGGGUAUCGUACCUAAAAUUAAUUUAGUUGUCCAAUUUUUUGAAAAAUAUUUUAUUAAAAUUAUAAUCUGGGCAUUAAUAAACCCUAUUUUGACGGUUUAUCUUAUAUUGAUUUUAAGAGAUUUUAUCACAUUUUAUCCACAUUUAUUCGAUGAAAUAGCAUGGUUUUGUGAUUGUCUCCUUAUUUGUGCUUAGAUGUGAAAACAUGCUUUUAGACCCUUAAUUUGAUGAUUUUUAUUCACCUUUGAUUCCACUAGAUGCCUUGAUGUGUUUGUUAGUGAUUUCAGAUUGAAAAGGCUAGGAAUGGAUUAAAGGAGUAAAGGGGAAAGCAUGCAAAGUGGAGAAAUCAUGAAAAGUCAAAGAAGUUGAACUCGCCCAUGGACGCGCCCGCGAACCUGACGCUUGCGCGCACCUUGCGAAUCACCCCAUGGACGCGUACGCGUGUUGUGCGCGUACGCGUCGGUGUUGGUUUAUGAUUUUUUAAUGGUGAAUUAUAUGAUAAAGAUAUCUACUUUUGUUCCUUCUACUCUCUUUCAAUUCAAUAAAGGAAAUGUGGACUUCAAUGGUAACAUGUACCAAGGAUGGAACACUCCAAGAUGGGAGGAGUCUCAAGGAAUUGAUCACUCCUAUUGGCAACAACCUCCGAAUACUUAUAGUUAUAAUUUCCCUCCUAAUGCAUGCCAAUUCAAUGGCUAUGGUGACUCAUUUUAUGAAAAUCAACCACCACCAUAUGCCUAUGAAUCUUAUCCUCAACAUGAUGCUCAACCAUACUCACAAGCCUCUUUCUAUGAUCCAUAUCCAUCAUAUAACCAAUCAUCUAUGCCAUAUUCUUAUGACCAUUGAUGAGUGGAUAAUUUAUACGCUUUUUGGCAUUAUUUUUAUAUAGUUUUUAGUAAGUUUAAGCUACUUUUAGGGAUGUUUUCACUAGUUUUUAUGUUAAAUUCACAUUUCUGGACUUUACUAUGAGUUUGUGUGUUUUUCUGUGAUUUCAGGUAAAUUCUGACUGAAAUUGAGGGACUUGAGCAAAACUCUGAAGAAGGCUGACAAAAGGACUGCUGAUGCUGUUGGAAUCUGACCUCCCUGCACUCGAAAUGGAUUUUCUGGAGCUACAGAACUCCAAUUGGCGCGCUCUCAACGGCGUUGGAAAGUAGACAUCCAGAGCUUUCCAGAAAUAUAUAAUAGUUCAUACUUUAUUCGAAGAAUGAUGACGUAACUUGGCGUUGAACGCCAAGUACAAGCUGCUGUCUGGAGUUAAACGCCAGAAAAACGUCAUGAUCCGGAGUUAAACGCCCAAAACACGUCAUAACUCGAAGUUCAACUCCAAGAGAAGACUCAGCUCGUGGAUUGAUCAAGCUCAGCCCAAACAUACACCAAGUGGGCCC